UUUCCCCACAUGCGAUCGGUCUGUCAUCCGGGCUGUAGCGGGAGAGGCGUGCGUGAUAGGACUAUGUUCAUGUCAUUUCGUCGUAGUUACGUGUCUAUUAUGCCUACUAUGUGGAAUUACUGAUUUUUCAUCUAAGCUAACCUAAAAGACAAAGAAAAAAAAGCCGGUUCAAUUUUAGAGAGCACCAUUUCAAAGAUGGAUCCCAUAACAAAGUGGACUUCUAAACAAGUUGUAGAGUGGAUAAGAGGCCUGGACGACAGCCUACAGCAGUAUAUCCCGUACUUUGAGCGUGAGAAGAUUGACGGGGAGCAGCUGUUGAAGAUCUCCCACCAGGACCUGCUAGAACUGGGUGUGACCAGGAUUGGACACCAGGAACUGGUGCUGGAGGCAGUCGACCUGCUCUGUGCUCUGAACUAUGGGGUGGAGACAGACAACCUGAAGACUCUGGUAGGUCGUAUGAGAGCGGCGUCCAACAACCUCCACAACUCAGCGUCGGAGCGCAGAAAGAACCCGUCGUACGAGGCCAAGAAGUCCCACAAACCCCCCAAUGACUUCCUCACUGCUGUCGUGGAGCUCAUUGGAGCAGCCAAGAGUCUACUGGCCUGGUUGGACAGGACUUCUCUGACGGGGAUCAGUGACUUCACCUGCACUAAGAACAGAAUCAUUCAGCUGUGUCUGGAACUCACCUCCACCGUUCAGAAGGACUGCACAGUUUAUGACAUGGAGGAGAAGAUUCUGGAAGUGUCUGUGGCUCUGAACGUGAUCAGUGAGCAGACGAUGAGGACGACCUCUGACCCCCAGAAGAGUCAGAUGGCCUGUCUGGAGGAGGUCCAUAUCACGAACAUCAGACCUAGGGAUGGACUGGGGUUGUAUAUCAAAUCCACCUACGACGGGCUUCACAUCAUCACAGGAACCACAGAACAUUCUCCAGCAGACAGAACACACAGGAUCCACGCAGGAGACGAGGUCGUCCAGGUCAACAAGCAGACAGUGGUGGGCUGGCAGCUGGACAACCUGGUGGGUAAGCUGAAGGCGGACCCAGCAGGCGUUACUCUGGUGGUGAAGAAGAGGCCCUCGGGUACCUUUAGCUUCACCCCGGCCCCCCUGAAAAACAUGCGCUGGAGGCCCCUUCUGGUGCAGAGCGCCCUGAGUAUGCCUAAGAUCCAGUCUCCAAAACAUGCCAGUGAAGCCCGCAUGAAAAAAGAAAAGCCAGCCAUUCUGGACCUAUUUAUUCCUCCUCCCCCCACUGUACCCUAUACCCCACGAGAUGAGAAGCCUACAGCCAGUGUCAAACUGAGACCGAAGGGUUCACAGUCUCCAAACUCCUUCCUGGAUGAGGGCAGACGGCGCUUCACCAUUGCAGACUAUGACAACAAGAUCAGAGUCUGCCCCCCUCCUGAGCCCAACCUCCAACCAGCCCAACCAGCCCCAGUAACCCGCCUGAGACAACGGACAUCCAGACGGGGUAAACCACGGCCCCUGUCCAUGCCUGUAGACUCGUGUUUGGGCAUGUCUGAUUCAUCCUACAGACCCUGGCCCCAAGGGAGAAAAGGAGAGGACAUCCUGCACAGAUACCUGAGUAACGAGCGCAUCGCCACCAUCUCUGAGGAGGCCUCGUUCUUCCCCCUACCCUACAGACCCCUGGAGGGUCGAUCUGGCCAGCUGGUCCGUGGCGUCGACCACAUCCGGGGCUCCCAGUGCUUCAUAAAUGCUGACCUGCACAACAGCGCCACCAUCCCCUACCAGGAGGCAUCAUCGAAAAAGGUCCCGGCUACAAUUAUGACCCCUAGUGCUGCUGCUACUCCCAAACGCCCUCCGUCUGAACCCUCUUCGAUCCUGGGGGGCUGGCUAGCCCGCCUCAGGCUGUUGAAUGCUGCUGUAAUAGGAUAUCUCUUCUCUCUGGAUCAAACUCACCUGGUGCCGUACAGUACCUUCAGGACAGUGUUUGGAGGUCCCAUAGGUAGGCUUACCAUAGGUGAUUCUGUGAUGAGCCGUCGCAAGGUGUCUUUGAAGGAGCUGGGUCAGGUGGACUACCAGGGCUGGCUCUACAAGAAGAAGGAGAGCAAGGUCUUCCUGGGAACAAAAUGGAAGAAGUACUGGUUUGUUCUGAAAAAGAUCUCCAUGUACUGGUACACUGGUCAAACGGCUGAGAAAGCAGAAGGAUAUAUCCACCUUACAAACUUCACUGUCGACCAAGCAACAGAGUGCAAGAAAAAGCAUGCUAUGAAGGCCAGCCAUCCACAGGUUGUGACACUCUACUUUGCCGCCGAGAGUCUGAGAGAGAUGAACAAGUGGCUGUCUAAACUGUCAGCAGCAGCAGCGGCUGCUACACUGGACGAGUCGUCAGAAAGGAACACUGGGGAGUGCUACAGUGAGGAGAGUGACCAAGAGGAGGUUGAGUCACUGGAGACAUCUGACGCUUUCGACUCUGAGCAGCUGACCAUAGACUCUGUUAAUGGAGAUGUCCCCCCAUCUUGCUCCACCUCGUCCCCAUGUCACUCCACUGACCCCAUGUCUGCCCCUGACAGCAUUGUGACUUCAGAGAGCAUGGAGUCCUGGCUGGAUGUCCCUUCUCCAGAGAUGGCAGUGGGACAGGGCGCUUCCUUCCACCCCUUCAGACUGGAAGAGGAGGAUGGACCGGGGGCUGAGGCCCAGGGAGGAACGGAGGAGGGCACAUCUGAUGAAAUGGAGGCACUGUACAUCCAUCUGAAGCAUGCCAGACUAUCUCCCUCUGGAGAACUGAAGAGGGACUUCAGAGCGUCAUUCAUUCAACGCUGCAAAAAUGACAGAGUCAAUGAGAAGCUGCAUCUGGUUAGGACCCUCAACAGCACUUUAAAGGCAAAAGAAGCCGACCUGUUGGCUAUAGAUCACGUGCUGGCAGAUCCCCUUCUUACUGCACAGAGGUAUCGUCAAUGGAGGGUUGGGAACGUGGCGCUACUGCAGGAGAUCACUCAUCUCAAAAUGGGCCCACCAGGUGGCAGCAGAGAGCAGUCUUUCCCCCUCGAAGCACCACGGACCCACUGCAUCGCUGAAACCAGUGUGUGACCAACACAGAACAAUGACAGGCAUAGAGGCAUCGGAUACGAUUCUCCCCGGCCCCUAUUUAUAAAGCGGCUCAGUUUAGGAGUGUUGAUCUAAGAUCAGCCCCCACCCCUUAAGGCGAAACUGAUUUUAGAUCAGUACUACUCUGAGAUACUUUAUGAGUAGGAGCCCAGGCAUGCCCUUAUUUUAUCGAGAAUAUUCCUGAAAAAGUGCCGUGGAUAUUCCUAUGCUUUCUUGUAUGAAUGGUUAUCCAUGUUUCUUACAGUCUUUUAAACACAUUUUCUUUUAUGACAUGUGCAGUAUAGUGCCACUUAGGGAUUUUGGGAAUAAGAUGCUCCCUCUUGUAAAGGGAAAUGUAAUUAUAAUGGCACAUUUUGCAUUCCUUUAGAGAUGUGUUUGCUGAAUCACAGGGUCAUGUAUCCUAUCACUGGGUACGGAUUGGGUGUUAAUACUAUUCAUGUAUCCUAUCACUGGGUACGGAUUGGGUGUUAAUACUAUUCAUGUAUCCUAUCACUGGGUACGGAUUGGGUGUUAAUACUAUUCAUGUAUCCUAUCACUGGGUACGGAUUGGGUGUUAAUACUAUUCAUGUAUCCUAUCACUGGGUACGGAUUGGGUGUUAAUACUAUUUUUCUAGUCACCAUUGUUUGUAACACUGAUAUUAGGGAAGUUUGUUCUAGGUACACACCUUGUUCAAUUAGUUUCACAUCACUGAGUCUGGCCUAAGUAGAGUUUGUCUAAAUAACUUCUAUCAUAAGUAAAUCAGCAUUGACUAAAUUAUGUUUUUAUUUGUUUUUAAUAUUUUAUCAUUCAAACUUUGUAAAUAUUUUGUACAUUGUGUAUGGUUUUGUGGAACGAACUUGUACUGUUUACAUGUUGUAUGAAUUUAACAAGCAUAUGCUAAACAAAUAAAGUCAAAGCCUAA